GAGCCGUCGGGGGCCCCGCGGGAGCGGGCGGCGCGUCCCCGUCCCCGCGCUCUGACGCGCGCUCCCGGCGCGGCGGGCGCGCCCCCGCCGCUAUAACUGGCGUGCAUGGAGUCGGGGCCGGCGCAGAGGAGCGGGCGGGCGAUGGGAGACGCCGCUCCGGCGGGAUAGAGGGGCGGAGACGGGGGCACCCCCGGGGCCCGGCCCGCCCGGGGCUCGCCGCGGGCCCGCACAGAUGCUAGUGCACAGCUACCCGGGCAUGGACCGCGCCGAGGGGCUGCCCGGGGCGCCGGCCGGGGCCCGCCUGCCGCAGCUGCCCGCUCUCAACCAGGCGCCCUACGGCUCGGCCCCGCCGCUCUGCCACACGCCCGCCGCCGACUUCCAGCCGCCCUACUUCCCCCCGCCGUACCCGCAGCCGCCGCUGCCCUACCCGCAGGGCCAGGAGCCCGCUUACCCGCACCUGGGGGACCCGUACGCGGCUCUCAGCCCCCUGCACCAGCACCAGCAGCCCGCCUGGCCCCCGCAGCGCGGCCGGCAGGACGACGCGGGGCUGCUCUCGCAGACCCACCGCGCCCUGGGGCUCGACCCCCGCCGCGAAUACUCCGCCGUGCCCCGCCUGCUCCACGGGCUGCCCGACGGCGGACACGGCCUCGCCGACGGCCCGCUGGGCCUCCACGGCCUCGGCCACCACGGCAUCGAGGACAUCCAGGCCGUGGACGACGGCGGGAUGAACCUGCUCGAUCAGUCCGUGAUCAAGAAAGGCUGGCUCAGGUGCUCCGAUCACCUGCUGCUUGCGGGAACAGGAAAGCAGCAACUGAAGAUCGAGGGGGACUUUUGGUUUACUCAGAUGACAAGAGACAAUUUUGGUUCCCCAAAAGCCAAGGAAACAAAGCUGUCAGGCUUUAAUGGUAGCUUGUCUCCUUCCUGCAGCAUGUUUAUGGGCAAACAAGCUGCAGAUCAGACCAGGCAAACAGCAGCAGUGCCCAUCCCCUCGAAGGCCAACGGCACCACCAUUUCCACCCUGUCAAUGAACAAAGAUGGCCUGAUCGGAGGGGUGACGAAUCCCAACGAGGUCUUCUGCUCCGUGCCUGGCCGCCUCUCUCUUCUCAGCUCCACUUCCAAGUACAAGGUGACCGUCGGGGAGGUGCAGAGGCGGCUCUCGCCCCCCGAGUGUCUCAACGCCUCUCUCCUCGGAGGAGUCCUCCGCAGAGCAAAAUCAAAAAACGGGGGUCGGUGUUUAAGGGAAAGGUUAGAGAAAAUUGGACUAAAUCUACCUGCGGGAAGGCGCAAAGCUGCCAACGUCACCCUGCUGACAUCCCUCGUGGAAGGUGAAGCCGUUCACCUGGCUCGCGAUUUUGGGUACGUGUGUGAAACGGAGUUCCCAGCCAAGGCAGCGGCAGAGUACCUGUGCCGACAGCACUCCGACCCAACGGAGCUCCACACCAGGAAAAACAUGCUGCUGGCUACCAAGCAAAUUUGUAAAGAGUUUGCAGACUUGAUAGCCCAGGAUCGCUCGCCGCUGGGGAACAGCCGCCCCUCACUCAUCUUAGAGCCUGGUGUCCAGAGCUGUUUGACUCAUUUCAGCUUGAUAACCCACGGCUUUGGGGGCCCAGCCAUCUGCGCAGCGCUCACAGCCUUCCAGAACUACCUGGUAGAGUCCCUUAAGGGGCUGGAUAAAAUGUUCAUGAACAGCACAGGGAACGGGCACACGGCCGGAGACUCCAAAGCGUCAGAAAAAGAAGUGAAGCAUCGGAAAUAACGUGCUGUCUCCCUCCCUCUCCCUGGUGGGAGCUUUCCCCAGUCGCGAUAGAUAGCACUGGGGGGGAAAGAUGAUCCAGUGCACUGUUUCUGUACUGCUACAUUUGAACUUGGGAUGAAACUCGUAAAGCAAACAAAGAAAAGACAAAAAAGAUUUAAAGAAUUUAAGAAGAAAACAACUCUAAUGGACGUAAUGAGAUUGAGAAAAUAAGCCAGGUUGAUGGCUUCUAGUUUUUGCCCUUUUUUUUUUUUUUUUUUUUUUUUAAAUCGUGGAUGCAGGAAGCCAAGUCAUGUGCAAUUUUAUUUUGUUUUGUUCUUUAAAAACCCAUAGUGAAAUCCUGACGUGCUCCAGGAAUUUGUUCCAGCUGAAAAACUGAGAAGAAAGAGCAAAAGCCUCAUCAAUGCAGGAACCAGAGGCAUGAGCAGCAGAGGGCAGGGAGUUGGAUCGCUGGCUGUACCUGGAUUUAUCAGCUGGUUUUGACAGGCAAAUACACAGGAAACCUUCCUAUUUCCCCACCUACAGCCCAGUCCUAAAGCCAAGCCAAGAGAAAAUUGCCAGCAGAACUGCUUUGGAUUUAAAGCAGUUUCAGACUUUGUUUACAGUUUUCAAACUGAGACUUAAGGCAGAUUUUCCCCCAGGCUGAGGAGCCCUGAGCCGUACCAUGAGGGGAGGAACAAACCGCACACCCGAUGGUUCCCAGGGCAGGAACCGAUCGAGGAGAGCCUUCCCAACUGCCACGGUCAUAGCUGGGGAUAAAGCAGGUUAAGUUAAACCCAGGACUAAUUAAAACUCCACAACCUACAGAUAACAGCACACAAGUUUCUAAAAUUAAUAAUAAUUAAUAAAGCACAAGGAGCAGAACUUGAACCAGGCCAAACUGAACUGUUCUAAAUCUGUAUAUAUUUAUUUAUGUGUAAUUAAAAUCUGAAAGUUUUAAAAUGUCCAGUGCAAGUUAUUUAUAUCAAAUUGAGUUGGGUUUUUUUUGCUUUGCCUUUUUUUUUUGUUGUUGUUUUGGGUUUUGUUUUUUUUUUUUUUGAAAGAUGAAAGUCUUUGGAUUUUCUGCCAUUAGAAAUGGGAAUGAAGUUUUGGAUACACAAAACUGUAGCAUGGACAAGAUAGGCUGUGAUGAUAAUGACUAUAGAAGUUCUGCAGGAUUUUGUACUUGCUGUUGUUUCUCUUAAUGCUGCAAUAGAUGUACAACACCCACACCACAAUGUCAUUCUCAUUAUCUUAAUAAACCUCUUUUUAUUUGAAGAAAGCACUUCCAUCGUCUU